UGCAGCAGUACCUGGAUCUAGUUGUUCCUGUCUGCAUCAGUACCUGGAUCUAGUUGUUCCUGUCAGCAGCAGUACCUGGAUCUAUUUGUUCCUGUCUGCAUCAGUACCUGGAUCUAGUUGUUCCUGUCUGCAUCAGUACCUGGAUCUAGUUGUUCCUGUCAGUACCUGGAUCUAGUUGUUCCUGUCUGCAUCAGUACCUGGAUCUAGUUGUUUCUGUCUGCAUCAGUACCUGGAUCUAGUUGUUCCUGUCUGCAUCAGUACCUGGAUCUAGUUGUUCCUGUCAGUACCUGGAUCUAGUUGUUCCUGUCAGUACCUGGAUCUAGUUGUUCCUGUCAGUACCUGGAUCUAGUUGUUCCUGUCAGUACCUGGAUCUAGUUGUUCCUGUCUGCAUCAGUACCUGGAUCUAGUUGUUCCUAUCAGCAUCAGUACCUGCAGCAGUACCUGGAUCUAGUUGUUCCUGUCAGUACCUGGAUCUAGUUGUUCCUGUCAAGAGCAGUACCUGGAUCUAGUUGUUCCUGUCAGCAGCAGUACCUGGAUCUAGUUGUUCCUGUCAGCAGCAGUACCUGGAUCUAGUUGUUCCUGUCAGCAGCAGUACCUGGAUCUAGUUGUUCCUGUCAAGAGCAGUACCUGGAUCUAGUUGUUCCUGUCUGCAUCAGUACCUGGAUCUAGUUGUUCCUGUCAGUACCUGGAUCUAGUUGUUCCUGUCUGCAUCAGUACCUGGAUCUAGUUGUUUCUGUCUGCAUCAGUACCUGGAUCUAGUUGUUCCUGUCAGUACCUGGAUCUAGUUGUUCCUGUCAGUACCUGGAUCUAGUUGUUCCUGUCAGUACCUGGAUCUAGUUGUUCCUGUCAGUACCUGGAUCUAGUUGUUCCUGUCAGUACCUGGAUCUAGUUGUUCCUGUCAGUACCUGGAUCUAGUUGUUCCUGUCAGUACCUGGAUCUAGUUGUUCCUGUCUGCAUCAGUACCUGGAUCUAGUUGUUCCUAUCAGCAUCAGUACCUGCAGCAGUACCUGGAUCUAGUUGUUCCUGUCAGUACCUGGAUCUAGUUGUUCCUGUCAAGAGCAGUACCUGGAUCUAGUUGUUCCUGUCAGCAGCAGUACCUGGAUCUAGUUGUUCCUGUCAGCAGCAGUACCUGGAUCUAGUUGUUCCUGUCAGCAGCAGUACCUGGAUCUAGUUGUUCCUGUCAAGAGCAGUACCUGGAUCUAGUUGUUCCUGUCUGCAUCAGUACCUGGAUCUAGUUGUUCCUGUCAGUACCUGGAUCUAGUUGUUCCUGUCUGCAUCAGUACCUGGAUCUAGUUGUUUCUGUCUGCAUCAGUACCUGGAUCUAGUUGUUCCUGUCAGUACCUGGAUCUAGUUGUUCCUGUCAGUACCUGGAUCUAGUUGUUCCUGUCAGUACCUGGAUCUAGUUGUUCCUGUCAGUACCUGGAUCUAGUUGUUCCUGUCAGUACCUGGAUCUAGUUGUUCCUGUCAGUACCUGGAUCUAGUUGUUCCUGUCUGCAUCAGUACCUGGAUCUAGUUGUUCCUAUCAGCAUCAGUACCUGCAGCAGUACCUGGAUCUAGUUGUUCCUGUCAGUACCUGGAUCUAGUUGUUCCUGUCAAGAGCAGUACCUGGAUCUAGUUGUUCCUGUCAGCAGCAGUACCUUGAUCUAGUUGUUCCUGACGUUUCUCUAAACCAGGCUAUAGGCUUCAUGUGCACCACCAAGUCAGAACAGUAGAGAUGGAGACAUAUGAUGAGAAAAACACAUGUGGGAUGAUUUGUCUGAAAUAUCUGCUAUUGACCUUUAACCUUCUCUUCUGGCUGGCAGGUGGAGUGAUGAUGGCGGUGGGGGUGUGGACCCUCGUAGAGAAGAGUGACUACAUCAGCCUCCUCAACUCCACCUUCUACUCUGCCUCUGCCUACAUCCUCAUAGCUGCCGGGGCUAUCGUUGUCUUCACUGGGAUCGUAGGCUGCUGUGCCACCCUCAAGGAGAUGAGGAGUCUGCUAAUAGUGUAUUUCUUCCUGCUACUCUGUAUCUUCCUGCUGGAGAUUGUAGCUGGAGUCCUGGCCUAUAUCCAGUAUCAGGAGUGUUUCCCUUUCUGUCAGCAGCUGGAUAAGGAGCUGCAACACAACCUGAAGGAGACCAUGGUUCAGAAAUACCAGCAGACUGGAGAGGAGAGCAUCACCAGUGCAGUGGACAAGCUGCAGCAGGAGUUUAAGUGUUGUGGUAGUAACAGCUCGUCAGACUGGUCAGACAGUGUGUGGAUCCUGACACCUAGCAACGAGAGACUGGUCCCAGACAGCUGCUGCAAGACACCCAGUAACCUCUGUGGCCGCAGAGACCACCCCUCUAAUAUCUACAAGGUGGAGGGAGGGUGCAUCACUAAGCUGGAGACCUUCAUUCUGAGCCAACUGCAGAUCCUGGGAGCAGUGGCAAUCGGCAUCGCCUUCCUCCAGCUCGUAGGGAUGAUUCUUGUUUGCUGCCUGUAUCGAGGUCUGAAGGAGGAGUCAUACUGAGCAUCGCUGAUGGCACAACUACAACAGCAAGAAGACAACAACAACACAACCACAACAACAACAUAUUUACCAGUAUUUAGAUAUGCUUUCUCUCUGUCUCGGACGCUACAUAUGUAGAUAUGUGGAAUGAAAGUCUUUUUUUUUUCAAAGACAAAUUUAAUCUAUGUUGAAGUUUAGGUAAGGCAGGCAGCAGGAAACAGGCAGACAGGCAGGCAAAGAGGCAGACAGACAGACAGACAGACAGACAGACAGACAGACAGACAGGCAUGCUGUGGGACAGCAAGACAGACAGGAAGGAAAAUAAGCUGUGGGACAGACAGCCAGACAGGAAGGAAGACAAGCUGUUGGAUAGACAGCCAGACAGGAAGUAAGACAAGCUGUGGGAUAGACAACCAGACAGGAAGGAAGACGAGCUGUGGGACGGCAGUGUUAUAGAGUUGGAUAGCGUCAAGCCUGUAUUGUAUGAGUUUCUAUUCCAUGUUUUAUUUUCUCUUCCUGCCAUUGUCUAUUCUGCCUUGGGUAGAUGCUGGUCUAUUCUGCCUUGGUUAGAUGCUGGUCUAUUCUGCCUUGGGUAGAUGCUGGUCUAUUCUGCCUUGGUUAGAUGCUGGUCUAUUCUGCCUUGGGUAGAUGCUGGUCUAUUCUGCCUUGGGCAGAUGCUGGUCUAUUCUGCCUUGGGUAGAUGCUGGUCUAUUCUGCCUUGGGUAGAUGCUGGUCUAUUCUGCCUUGGGUAGAUGCUGGUCUAUUCUGCCUUGGUUAGAUGCUGGUCUAUUCUGCCUUGGUUAGAUGCUGGUCUAUUCUGCCUUGGUUAGAUGCUGGUCUAUUCUGCCUUGGUUAGAUGCUGGUCUAUUCUGCCUUGGGUAGAUGCUGGUCUAUUCUGCCUUGGGUAGAUGCUGGUCUAUUCUGCCUUGGGUAGAUGCUGGUCUAUUCUGCCUUGGGUAGAUGCUGGUCUAUUCUGCCUUGGGUAGAUGCUGGUCUAUUCUGCCUUGGGUAGAUGCUGGUGGAUUUCGACAUGUACAGGGCCUUCAGAAAGUACCGUAUUCAUACCCCUUGACUUAUUCCACAUUUUGUUGUGUUACAGCCUGAAUUCAACAUGGAUUAAAUAUAUUUUCCUCAUCAAUCUACACACAAUACCACAUAAUGAUAAACUGAAAACAUGUUUUUGGAAAUGUUGAAAAAAAAUGUGUUGAAAAUGAAAUACAAAAAUAUCUAAUUUACACUUGUAUUCACACCCCUGAGUCAAGACUUUGUAGAAACAACUUUAGCAAGGCUUACGGCUGUGAGUCUUUCUGGGUGAGUCUCUAAGAGAUUUCCACACCUGGAUUGUGCAUCAUUUGCCCAUUAUUCGUUAAAAAAAUUCUUCAAGCCCUGUCAAAUUGGUUGUUCAUCACGGCAAGACAACCAUUUUCAGGUCUUAGAUUUACAAUCAGAUGUUUAAGUCAAAACUGUAACUCGGCCACUCAGGAACAUUCACUGUCUCCGUGUUAAGCAACUCCGGAGUAGGUUUGGACUUGUGUUUCAGGUUAUUGUCCUGCUGAAAGGUGAAUGAAUCUCCCAGUGUCUGGUGGAAAACAGACUGAACCAGCUUUUCCUCUGGGAUUUUUCCUGUGCUUCAUUCCAUGUGUUACUGAGAAACACUCCCCAGUCCUUGACUUAAUUUAAACUUUUUAUGUUUUAUUAAUUUGUAAACAUUUAGGAAACAAUAAUUCCACUUUGACAUUAUGGGGUAUUGUGUGAGAUUUUUUUUUUUUUUGCAAUUCAAUCCAUUUUAUUUCAGUCUGUAACACAACAAAAUAUGGAAAAAGUCAAGGGGUGUGAUCACUUUCGUGUAUGUGACCCAUGACCUUAGCUAAAACGGCGAGUUUUAGGCCUUAAAUAGGAUUAUAUUGAAGCUGUUUAUGCAGAAGUUUAAAUGAGUCUGUUACAUUUGUUUAUUUAGCAUUACUUUUGUGCCUUAUAUUCAACACGCAUGUAUUUUCAGAUUGUUAUAAAUCAUCUUAUUUGCAUUAUUUAAUCCUCACUUGCUACUGUACACAUUACUUUUAUUUUGAAAUGCGUUCAGAGAGAGAAAACGUGUGUUGAACUGUCAUUGGCUAGAUGAAACGGAGGUCGUACUAUCAUUGGCUGGAUUUCCAAACCAGUUCCUGUUUUAAUUUUUAUAAUGGGUCAUUAAGUUCUCCUGGCAGCAAGAUAUUAUGCUGGCAGUACAUGGCGGAAUUCUUUUUUCAAAAUAAGAGUCCUCCUACAAAGACAUGCUAAACUUUGGGAAUAUCUUUUUUUUUUUUGUACUCUAGUACAGUACAACUGUUUUUCACAGCAUUUCAAUCACAUUUAAUAAAAUAUAUGGAUAAUCUGACACACUU